CUCGGAGACCCUCAUCGUUGAGAAGGCAGCGCUGUGUGAGGUUUUGUUAUUGUUGUUGAAGGAUUGUAGCAGAGGAGCUAUCGGAAAUUCUCUGUCCUCUCUGACUGAGUGUGCGGAGCUUGUGGUGGGGUGUGAUAUCGUUUUUUUCGGAUUUUCUCUUUUGCUUAGUUUAGUUUUUUUGUUUUGUUUUGUUUUAUUUUUCUCAAAAAGGAUUUAAAGCUAUUGUCGUGAUUCUAAAGCAUUUAAGAGAACGAUUCCCCAUGUGUGAGGCGCUGAGCUUGUGUGCAGUGAGGUUUUAGGGUCGUUUCUGUGUUUCGCGUGUCUGAAGAAGUUGUUGUUUCUGCGUUUUGGGAGGAUUAGCGAACAUUUGUAGACUCAGAAUGUGUGUUAUGUUUCAACUGCGUUCUCCUGGUUAAAAGUCGACGAAUCCAAUGAGGAGCUGCUGAAAACGCUUAUUGAAAUAUUAGGUUUGUGAAUCUUUUGGAGUGCUGUGCGGAUAGAACUUUUAGAGGCUUUAGUAAUCAUAAAAGAAUGUUGUGGAGUGCGUGUUGGCGAUAAACCUCGUUGCCAUAAGUGGCGUUCCAUGAUGUUCGAGUAUUGUGGGAGACGAUGUUAUUCAUGUGUUAGGAUUGUUGCUCAAUUCUGAAAAUGUCCGAAUUCGUUUUGCAACGAAACCGUUGAUAGUUACGCAGAACACCUGCAAAGAAUGGUAUCGUCGAAAUAGGCGUGCUGCAGAUCUCCAAGUGACCUACGGUUUCCAGGGAUGUGGUGCACAUGAAUACAACAUCGAGCUUUCAAAAACAGAGCUCAGUUUUUCCUCAUAGGCAUAUUUUGGAAUUAUGGGCUUCCUGAACCAAAAGUGCAUAGGUUGCUGGGUACAGCAACGCGGAUUUAUUCCUCCGUACCAGCCAUCACUGAUUUUAUCGCAAAGGGCAUCUCUUCACAGGCUCAUAUCGACGAGUUUUAUUCCCUUAAAGACGGAGAGGUGCAGAGGAAGCACGAACAAGAAUAGUAGUUCGCAAUUGAGAACUUCUGCAGCGCGAUGUGUUCAGGAUCGUACUGGUGAUCACGACCUGAGCAAUCAGGAGGAGUCUAACCAAAAUUUGUCUGAGGCUCGAACGAAUCGGCCCUCGUCUAGCUACGAAGGCUCGAACGGAGCCUCAUCCAAAUAUUUGAGUGGUGGUCCAGAAAAUGUCUACAGGUCAAAUAAAUCUAAUGGAAAGAGCACAAACGGAGCAGAGAACAGAGUCUCUGAAUCGGAGAGCGCUGAAUGGAAGAACGUAUUUCCAUCCUAUUUGCAAAGCAAAGAAGAUGAGUCAGAUGGUGAAAAUGAUGAACUUGUGCAGGUAUUACCUGUGAAUCAAAAUGGCCAGUCAAGAGGGAGAAUGAAUGGCGUAGCAGCUGCCAAAGCAGCAGCAGCAGCUACUGCAUCAGCAAAGGCUCUUGAAUCACAUGUGAAUGGUUUAAAUUUUCCUUCGACUCCAGCAUUAGCAACUCCGCCCUGCUCUUCAGCUAGAUUGCCGACAGAAGGAAAAAAUCUGAAUGACCUUAUCUCUUAUGAUCCCAUUUGGGCAGCUAUAAGAGCCGAAGCUCGAUUAGAGGCAGAGCGUGAGCCAUUGCUGAGUAGUUUCCUUUACGCCAGUAUUCUGGCACAUCCGUGUUUCGAACGAUCCCUGGGUUUUGUUUUGGCGAAUCGCUUAACAAGUGCCACGCUUUUGGCGACACAACUUAUGGAUGUGUUUGAUGAGGUCUUUUUGACUGACCCAUUUAUACGACAAGCUAUUCGAUUAGACGUUCAGGCUGUGAAAGAUAGGGAUCCUUCAUGUCGUUUCUACAGCUCUGCGUUGUUGUACCUGAAGGGGUACCAUGCACUUCAAGCACAUAGAGUAGCUCAUUGGUUGUGGAACCGAGGGUCGACUGUGCUUGCACUUGCAUUACAAGCCCGUAUGAGUGAGGUUUUUGCUGUGGACAUUCAUCCAGCGGCACGUAUUGGGAAGGCUGUUCUUCUAGAUCAUGGCACAGGUGUUGUAAUUGGAGAGACAGCUGUCAUUGGUGAUCGUGUAUCGAUGUUACAGGGUGUCACACUUGGAGGAACUGGUAAAGAUGCGGGAGAUCGUCAUCCCAAGAUACAAGAGGGAGUACUCAUUGGUGCUGGGGCAACAAUCCUUGGAAACAUUGUUGUUGGCCGCGGAGCGAUGGUUGCGGCAGGGUCUCUUGUUUUGAAGGAUGUUCCAGCACAUAGGUUCAACCUCACAUGUUCCAUUUUCAUGGUUGCUGGAACUCCUGCCAAAGUUGUUGGUUUCUUGGAGGAAUCAACACCUGCUGAGACGAUGAAACAUGAUGCUGCUCAGGAUUUUUGUCAAGAGCUUGAAGAGGCAGUGGGUCGCCAAUCAGGAGAGAACCUGUGGGGAGGCGCUGGAAUUUGAGCUUUCUCGCUUGAUUCCAAAAACAAAGUAAAACAAAGAUACAUCAACCACGCCGAGAGGAUUCGGUUUUUCUCAGAAUUUGACCAGGCUGCUUCAGCGCAGCAAGGAACUAAGUUGUGACGUAAUCCUAUUCAGGAGCUGUGUAGAAUUUCAAAACAUAUGACCAUCGGUAUCUUUUAACGCAAGCUAUAUUUCUUGUGGGAAGUUUUAGGUCUAGAAGCUAGUGAAUUUUAGGCCGUCACACUUUGAUUGAUUUCUUGAGAUCUAAACUGGAAUUUGCCUAAAGCUAUUGGUUUGUUUAUCUAAAUAGGACAAUUUAAUGCAAGAGUGCUAACAUCUCUUGUUGAGCAUUGCCAUUUAAGAAAUGGCAGAUGCACUGUUUCCAUCAUUUCCAGUCUUAGAGACUAUGGAGACACCGAAGCAGAACCAUGUGCGUCGAAGUUGUCCUCAUGGAUGCAAAAUUUGGUCCAUGCAUUAUUAGAUGGUUCACCUCUUGUGAACCCCGGUUGUAAUAUGAUCGAUUGCGUGGCGUUUACCUCUAAGUUAACGCGCAUGUGCAUUGCGUAUGAAAUGAGAACAUUGGCAAAUUCUUCAGAUGAGAAA